UCUGGUGCGCAGAUUGAGAUCCUGCUACUGUGUAUGAUUUACAAACCUGUUGUAUCUCUCUGUAUAAGGCAUGUUGACUCAGUCUGUGUAUGCACUAAAAUGUCAUCUUUGGCACUUCCUCAUUAAAAACAUUGCACGGCGUUCUGUAUUUCUAGUUUUCCUCUUGGCAAUGAAGCUUUCCUUCCCUGCGGCGUCCUGAUCUGCGAUGUAAGGUGUUCUUUUGUGGUUUUGCAUAGGUUAGAAAAAUAACAAAGUAUAAAUGUGUGAAAAGGUGUAAUUAGUUCUGAUGCCUAGGGAGGGAAUUUUGAACCUCUUUGUAACAAGUAGGUUAUGUUCAUUGUCCACAUACAGUCUGUUCCCAAGUGAUAAGGCUGGAUGUCAGCAUUACUCAAGUAGUGGUAACAAUGUGCUGGCUACAUCUCUAUUUAAUGAUUAAAACUAGUUAAUGGAAUACAGGUCUAUUUUUUUUUAUUUAACAGUGGUGUAACGUUAUAAAAGCUUUGAGCAAGACAUGCUUUUGAAGCAGCUCUCUCUUGAGAAGAGGACAUGGUGCAGUAUUGAGCCUUUGGUACGCACACAGCCUGUGGGUUCUGUAGGAGUUCGUUAGCAGGGUGGUGUGGGAGGAAACAUAACUGCUAUUGCCAUUAUCAUCCAGCAUCAUCCCACGAUAUUGGGUGUAAAUUGGAAAUACUGCAUUUGUGAUGCCAAGUAAUUUCAUUGUUAGGAGACGUGGUAAGAAAAUUACCAAACUCUUUUCAUUGUUUAUUUUUACUAUGUUUGAUACUAAGUUUAGAAGCUGCAUGCUUCUAAGAAGAUAAAGAUCUGUUUGACUAAUGCUAUCAGUCCCACUAUCAAACACGUAAAGCAUUACAUGUUCUUAUUGGGAAGAUCUGGGGUUUAUUUUGUUUCCAUCAGCUCUUGUGUGCUGGCUUUUGUUUAGAGCACCUAUGCUGGACCAAUCCCAAGUUUCUGUUUAUAAGACCAGCUGUGAUGGCUUGCCAUGUUGUUCCUCAGGACAUGGAAAAUGGUUGAGCCACCAGCAGAAUGAGACCAUUUAAACUCGGAAGAGUCAAUGGUUUAAAAAACCAACCAACCUUAAACCCCGACCAUAUAACUUAUGGGGAUUAUGGGUGUUUGUUGGCUGAGCCAAGUUUUGCUGUCCCAGUUACCGGUGAGGCUCCUCCACAGGGAUGUAUGUAUGCCUUGCAUUCCAGUGGAGGGAAGGGGACUCCCUCCCCCCCAGCAACCAAACUGAUGGUUAACAUCAUUGCCAUUGAUAUUAAGUACUUUUUUGUCUUUUGCCUGCUGCUUUGGUAUUCCUAAGGGACGGCAUUCAGGAGUCUGUAAUAAGGACUGUAUCUGCAUACCAUGAGAGAUGCGUUCCGUAUGUGUAACAGCUGCUUGUCUAGAGUGUAAGGUCUGGCUUUUUGCUCCAGGUCAGUAGCAAUAAGGAGUGAUUCCGUGGAGUGUGUCACCACUGGAGGGAGCUCUGUCACAGCUGGUUCCACGGAAGAGCAUACCCGUUCCUAAUGGUGCCUGAUGAAAUUUAAUGUACAGCGCUGUGUGCCUUGAUGUAGCUUUGUUUCCUUUAUUUGUUCUUACAAACUUGCUGCUUUCACCUCCUUCAGAAACCUUCCUGGUGGUACUUUGUGUCAGGGAUGCCAGGAAGGUAGAUUUUUAUUGUCUGCACAGUUUUCCCAGGUAAUCCUUGCUGUAGGAUCACUAAUGUAAUGGGUUUGGUUCCAUGGGUGACUCUAGUGAAAGUAAUGAUCAAAUUACAAUUUCAACUGUAUUCAUUAGCCAAAACGGAUUUGGCUGUGUGGGUUCUAGCUCUGUUUCUGCCAGCAGAAGGAGCCAGAGUAGGUCCUUUACAUUGUACCAGCAGAGAAUCUGCUCUGCUGGGCAUUACUGAACUGUGCAGACAUCACGUUGUGCAGGUGAAAGCAAUGCUAUGGAGGUGGAAGGCAAGCAAGCCGGGGUGUCCAGUGCCCCGGCAAGGUGGGCUGUGGCAGACCAGCACAACCUGGCCUCUGCGAGGGGGUGUGCUGUGCUGCUGCUGCAAACCCCGCUGAGGCUGCAGGGGACACUGGGAUGCGUACAGGGUGACUUCAUCUGGCCCCUUGGAGCUGGCGCAUGGGAAGUAGCUGGCUUUUCCCAUCCCAGUGAGCACGAUAAUCAUAUUUGAUACUGAACAAAGUAUUUAAUGGUCUAUAUAAAAGCAUUCCGGUUGUUUAAUUGGAAAUGUCUUGCUGUUUUACAUAGACCCAGUGCCCUGUUUUUAUGAGACUUAGAAUUGUGCUGAGAAAUUGUUUCCAUGGAAGCAGAGAUCACUAAAGAAAUAAUGCACUCCCUAUUUCCUACAGGAUUAUUCCUUUUACAGUCUGCUGUUCUAAAUAAUUAACUCUUGUAGUUGCCUUACAUCUUAGCAUGGAUUCAAGGAAGUAAUACUUCUUAUUUCUUUUAGUGUCACAGAGGCAUUAUUUGUAUACGUGCCUAUAAACAGAUGUAUGUAUAGAGAUAUUCGGAAAGACUUUUUAUUUUUAAAAUAAGUCUGUUGCUCUUGUUUGUAGAGGAGAAAACUCACUGGUACAAAAAAGUCACUUCUGUUUUGACAACUUAUGCAGAGCUGUCAAGGAAACUUAAAAUCCUUCUUUGCCCUUCUCUUGCCUCUGUUUGGCACAUUUUGCUUAGAGAUGGGCAUACUGGAAAACUGUCAGCAGGCUCUGGCCAGCUUUGAAGGGAGAGACAAUGAAUGCAGUUUUUAAGUAUGGUAACAGAAAUGAGAAUCUUCCCUGUGUUUUUUCUUUCACGUAUUUUGACAAACCACCUAAUUUUUCUCCACUGUGUCUAUAAAAGGGGAAGCUGCCAAAUGAUAACAUGAAGCUGAGAGCAGCCAUAGAUGUCUAUAAGCAUCAUACAACCAAACUACUGUUUACCAAAAAGGCCUUUUGCUGCCUGUCCCUAUGUCCCUUUCCAAGCACAAGCAGUUUUUAUCAUACUAUUAACUGUACAUCUUUUAUUUUCUAAGAAAGGUAACUACUGUUAUUUCUGUGUGAAGGCAGGAGAAAUGGUGAGGUGUGAUAAUGUGCUAUAAAGGAGUCAGGAGUAAUUUGAAGAACUUGCCUCUGCUGCCUCAAGUAGCAUGCAUUUCUGUGGCUUGCUUAGAAAUAGGUCUGGCUGAAAAGUUCAACUCAACUUCUCUAGAGACAGAGGGUAUCUACGCCUGGAGCUCUAACUUUCAAGCUGUACCCUGUUACAAAUACGGGCUGGCAGACAGGGUGACUUCCCUCUGCUCAUCAGACACAAGCCUCGCUGCAUGUAGUCCAGCUUGCGCUGAUGUGAAGCAGGACAGGCCCUCAGGACAGCAGCAGCACAGGUACAAGAAGCUAGCUGCAAGGUGAUAUGCACGUAGCUGGAUGGGAGAACAGCAUCUGCACUGUUCUGUGGUUGUUACUGGUCCCAAACUAAUGAUUUAUAAAGUGUCUGACAGUGUUUGACAAAUCGCAUAAAUGGGAGUUGCUUAAUGCAAACUGGAAAAUAGCUUGCAGCAGCAGCCAAAACACAUGGAAAUGGUAACUCGUGCUUUGUCGAUCUUUAGGAUGCUUGGGAGCUACUGGAGUGUACUUUGAGAAGCAUUACUCUCAGUUCAGACUGAAAAAUUCCUUCUGUAACAGCUAACAGCUUUGUAAGGGUAAUGCAGGCAUGAAAAUCAUCAUUCUUAGUACUGCUUUGGGAUGAGGAUGUGCUGAAGGAAAGCAGGAGGGCAGCUUUCUGUGCUGGAAGAUGAGUGUGCUUCUGUGCUCUACAAGCAGGAGAAGAGCUGGCAAACUGAUGAGCAGUCAUUCCUCCUGAGCUGGCAGUUAUGCCAGGCAGCGCAGACACAACUCCAAAAGGCCUAAUUUUAUAUGUGUAUGAGAGUAGAAAGGAAGAAGUCUGUAACUCAUAAUAUUCUAGGCAGUGAAAUGAAACAAGCCCUAUGACGGCAGUCACAGGAGUAAUGAUGAUGGAAGAGUAGGAUUUCUUUGAACAGAAAUGGGAGAAGUUCCUCAAACGUGCCUUUACAUAAUCCAUGAAAAGUCUAAAGAAGGAAAAGGGUGAGCUGCUUGUGCCUUAAUCCAUAAGGGAAGCCCAAGGUAGGUCAGUUUUUGUCUCUUCCCUGUUGUUUUCCUCAUAAAGCAAGAGGGGAGUUGGGCAUUGGUGCUGCUCCCCAGGCAGUAAUAGAUGGAAGCACAGCUUCGUGACUUCUCUAGGAUUUGGGUACGAGAUGUUCGUUCUUCUGGAAGGAGAACCUGCUUGGUGGGUCUGUAAUGAAUCUUGAUAAAGGGAGCAGCACACCAGCAUGUAGAAAUGAGUAGACUGUCAAUGGGUUAAAGAUUUGGAUAUUGCCUGCUGCCACCUGGGACUUUAUCCAUGCUUUUUCUGCCUGGGGUUUUGCAGAGUUUGACUUGGGUGGUAGCUUCAUCAGCACAGGACAACUGUACCUGCAAGCAACAAGUGGUGAGUACGUCCAGGAACAGAUCUGGGAACUGCACCUGCACGCUGGCAGGUUCAAAUCACAAGGCAGGCUUUACAACACUGAUGUCAAAAUGCCUGAUGAAGAGAGAAAUUAUGCCUCUGACGGAGAAGCGCUUCUGGGGCUUUGCCUGUGGGAUAAGGAUGGCAUUUACAUUGCAGACUGAUGACAGUGGUAUUGUCAAAGCCAGGCAGUGUGAUCAAACCAAUGCUUCCUGGUGCGGAAGCGCUGUCAGAAUAAGAACUGAAAACGGUGACAGAAGCCUGAGUUGUGGUGAACUGGUUGGAAUGAACUGGAUCUACAUUGAACUGAAGCACAAAAAAAGGUCCAGUGCCUUCAAUGAACCCAACAGCACUGCCCUGAAACAUCUGUUUGAGAGCCAAUAGAAACUGUCCCCCAAGUACAUCACAGCCAUUGGGUAUGAUUACCCGCUUACCCAAAUCUGCCUGAAUGAUGGUGACUUGGAUUCCAGACAUGAUAUAGAUAGUGCUGAUAUAGCCUGUUACUUUGAAAAAGAGAUAAAAGAUGACUCCAUAUUUCAUUCUUGCAGUACGUUAACUGUCUCUAUCAGUGGAAAUGCACUGGAUAUUGAAAAGCUACAGACUUACUGUGUUGAUGAAUAGCCACCAGAGUUUUGCAUGAGAUAACUGGUUGCUGGUGUUAGUGCUGGUGACAGUGGUGGCUCUGGUGCUACCGUUAUUGUGAGGGGGCUGCAACAAGAAAAUAGGAGAAAGCUGAGAUUAAAAAAAUGGGUGAAAUAAGAGGAUCAAUGUUACGGCUGCCCUGAUACGAAAAAAGAAAGACAACAACAGGAAGAAAAGGAAAAAAAGGCACAAAAUACAAAUAGCAAACACAUUCAGUGUGGAUGGAUUUAGAAAGUUUUUUUUCCUUUUUGUAGGAAUUUGAGGAACUUGCACAAUAAUUGUUCUAAAUUAUUCUUGUUUAGUAAGAAUGACUUUUGGGGUUUGGACAUAAACUAAUUUGUGAGUCAGUGAUCCGCCUAUUUUAAAUGAGUCCCAGUUUAGGGGCUAAGAAAACUGUUAAAGGUGUGUGCGCAGCAGAACACAUUUACUGGUACUGCAGGCCUGGUUUGGCUUGCAGAAAUGCUGAGAGGCUCUGGGCUGAUCUGUGGACUGAAAUUUCAGUACUUGCCUUGGCAUAACUGAGUUAUAGAGCUACUUGUCCAUCGGUGAAGAGGGCUUUUAAAUAUGGGUUGUUGUGGGGUUUUUUUCAAGUUGCCAGAACUUAUUUUUAUCAACAAAUACUUUCAGCAAUGCCACUAAAUAACCAAACAAGUUUGUGAUAAAGUUCUCUACAGCACUAGAGGCUUUUAUACAGUCAUUUGUUAGGAAACAUUUCUGUGGUCACUUCCAGGUUCAGAGAUCCCAAGUUUCCAAGUUUGUAUUCAGGCAGCACAGUGAGCUAUUCCCACUUGCGCUCUUUAACAAGGGUCUGACACUCCUCGUCAGCGAAGAUCCCUUGAUCCCAAUCCAAGUGUAAGUUAACCUUGGUCUGCUGCCCAGAUUCAAACUCUGGUAAUAGUUUUCUGUCUACCUAAAUUCCCCUUGCAAUUUUAAUGGGAGGAGAUAUUUUUCAGUGCUAUGCGGCUUCACAGAAAUACUACACAAUGCUUUAGGACAAGCUGAAAAAGAGCUUUAUUCUAGCAGAGCUGCAGGGGGAAUUUAAGAGCAGAGUGUAAUUACUGAAGUUGGAAUUUGGCCAACACACUACAACUGGACUUCUUUGCUACCUGUGCAUCUGCUGCGUUCCUUGUUUGGGAGGUCAUAUCCACUGUGAAGGGCAUUUUAAAGGAAACAAUGCUAGUUGCUUAAUGUUGAAAUAUUGGUAGUUACAUUCUCCGUACUGCAUAUGGAUGUCUGCAAGUCCCAUCAGUCUAAUCUGCUUACGUGCAAAAUCAGACCACUACAUCCAGGCACUGCAGCAGGGUCAGCGCUUUUGUUCUGUUAAUUACUUGCAACAUUACUAGUUUGUAAUUCUAAUAACGGUAACACACUACUUCUAGGACAAACUGUUAAAUACGCAUCUGUGCUUCUACUCAAUGAACAGAAUACCAGGAAAAGUGCAGAUGCUUUCAUUCAGUUUCUGCCUCUGCUUAUAUAGAGGGGGAGACUUGAUGGUUUCGGGGGGGAGUAAAUGAUGAGAUUUUAUAUUAGAAAAGAAUAUAAACACAUGGGCAUAAUUUGAUUAGGAAAAGCUAAAGUGACUAACAAAGAAUAUUAACAAGUAACAGUUUCGGUGUCUUUCUUUUGUUCCGAUUUUUCUUUUUAGAAGCUGAGAUUGAGAAGAGAGGUGGUUGUGGUGCCAUUCAUAUUUGUAUUAAUCAUUAAAGGACUGCCCCUUGAAAAUCAUAUUGUGGUCAGUUAUUUCCUUGCUCCUCGUGAAGCAACAGCAGGCUGAAUGCUGCUGGAGAAUGGAAACGCACUAGGGUCAUUUAACAGAAGUGAUAAGGUAUGUGUCUGCAAUUAAUCAAAAGAAUGGGAAGAUUAAUUGCAGUGCAGAGCUCAGAGAACCUCUCUUUGGAUUAGAUCAUUCUAUUUGAAUAAAGCUAUGUAAAGCUACUGUAGAAUCUGGACGUUAAUAACAACAGUACCCGCUGCUCCUGCUAAGCUCUCAUUUCUCUCCUGCUGCUCCACUUGUAUCACCUCUCAGGCUAUAUGUAACUAUCUUUUUGCACAUGGUAGACCAUGUAUUUUACUGUAACAGUCCAUGAUGUCCACUUUGUUUAGCCUUCUGUCCACUGCCACUACCCCCACUGAAAAGGAAAAAAUUAACUCCUCGUCGGCUUUAAAUUUUGCAAAAUUAAAGUGCUUUUUAUGAUUAAUUUUAAUUAGAAAUUUCUAGUUAUUGUUUUCCUGAUUACAUCACUCUGUAUUAAUGGUAGGUUUGUUUGUCUUAUAUAAGUAAGUAGGCUUUAUACUCUUUGCCGUGGGAUCUGUGGGCACAGCCAGCACGGUGAUAGUGAUAGUAGGUGGUGGUCUAGCCAGCACUGGCUGACAGCUUUGGGGCA